UGUUUCCGGUUUCUGCAUUGGGUUGAUGUUGCAUAAUUUUAUUUCAUAUAUUCAUGGCUUUAGACAUGUUUUUAACUUACAAAAGUGGAUUUGUAAAAUAGUGUUGUGGUCGGUGAAUAAUGGCAGAUACGCCACAAUGUCAGCCAACGUCUUCUCUUUCGGCAUCAGCAGCUGAGUUUGUUCCUGGACGCUGUUUCACAAAUCCGAUUGGCCUGACCUCUGUUAACGAUAGUAUUCUGCAUCCUGUCACUGAAGUACCGGCUUUUGUCACCAGCUGCUAUCCGUUUGUGACAGGCGAUCAAGGGAGUGGUGGGCUCUGGUGGCAUAACCGGGGACGAGGCUCUGGAAGGCCAUAUUCAGGGCGUGGAAAACAAAAUCGACCACGAAAGUUUAUUCCACCAACUAACCACUGGGCAGCACCUCUGAUAACUUCUCUGCCACCCAGUUUUGUACCAACGUUACCAACAGUCGCGGGCAUUCCCUUCGACGGGGGAACAGAUAUAGGGGACGGUCUGUUGCCCACCCCUCAACUCCCGCCAUCUGUGAUACCCGCAUUCAUCCAUCCAGCCAUGAACGGGGCCGUACCACUUCGUGGAAUGGGGGUUCACGUCCCGGCGUUCGUUAAUCGAGGCCGGGGCCGAGUGAAGACGGGUCAUCAGUUCUCCAAUAGGUUUCCACCGAAAGCCAUGAAUGAAGAAUACAGCCACUACCAGGAAGCAGGAAGUCAGGGAAUUGAUCCAUGGCCGUCAGACGACGGCGCCGGGCGAACGUUUAGCAAUUCGUGGUUGAGAAACAAAACCAUUAUCUUGAAAGAUGUCAGUGCUCAGACAGAUUUUCCUGACACCUGGGCUAACCUGACACUCUCCGAUAAGCCAAAUUCUUUAUACAAACAUUCCCGCGGUUGUGUGCGUCGCGUCGACCUGUCCUUGACCUCCGACUCUGAAGAGGUCGACUCUGACAGUGGCUACAGCAGUCCACUACACCGGAGAAACAUGCGGUCAAACGGAACACAUCCCGUGUGUGCGUCGGAGCGUGGCGUUUGUGCUAUCGUCAGCUCGGAGUCGUCACGCGUUGUGCAAAACGCUCCCGAUAAAUUAUCAUAUGCAAAUGUUGCUCAGCACAGCACUAGUCUGCGAUGUAACAAUCUACAGGACGCAAGUAUAAAUAUUAAACAUCCUGAGAGGGAAAUCUGUGAUAGAGGCUUGAGAAAUCUGCGUGGAGGUAUUACCUCCCCUGAUAGAACUAGUGUCGCUCGGUGUGAGCGGAAGAAAAGUGGUGAAAUCUGUGAUCAGACUAUUGCUGAGAACGACGACAUCACCGACGUGAAUGGUGGUGGUGAUGAUGGUAAGAAAAAACAGAGACGGAGAAAUCGGCGGCGGAAAAAGAAAAGCAAAGACGACGAUGACACACAAAGUGAUGGGUUAUCUGUCACCGGGCGGACAUUUUCCAGCUCAAAUCUAUCUCGGACUUCGGAUGUUACUCUGUAUUUCGAGGAUGAGGAGGAGUUCCCGCAUUUACUACACAACAAUGUUUCCAGUCGAGACAACGGAAGCAAUUCUACGAUGUCAUACAGUCAGGCUGCUAAAGCAUCCCAUGUCACUGUGUCUGUGAGAGACUUAGAUACGUCGGGCCAUUCUGCGGGGGAGUUCAAUGGACUCUUGGAUGAAGUUGCAGAGGAAAACAUGCCAGUAUGGCAAGUACCUACUGGCAGCCAGCAACAACAACUACAACAACAUCAACAACAACAGUCACAGCAGCAGCUUCUGCCCGAAUCAAAAUGUGCGAGAAAAAGACGAAAGCGUCGCGAGCUUGCCAACCGGGCUGCAGAAGAAGAGCUUGCGGAAAUAACCCUCGAACAACAGAUGCUGAAAGAAUUCAAACUCAAGCAGCCGACGGUCUCCAGUGGUGUGUCGAACACCCCAAAUCCCGUUACCACGGCGACACCGACGAUGAUGACGAAGGUUCCGAUGAAGGUUGUGAAACAAACAAGUAUUAUAACGGAUGAAAUUGUCGUUCGGGAGUCGCAGAAACAGCAGGGUUCGGGCAAGAAGUCAAAGCAGCCAUUGUUGUUUGAUUUUGCUCUGAUGAUUGAUAAUUAUGAGAAGAAGAAGGUCCAACCAGUAGGCCUACAGACUCCUGAAGUCCACGUGAAAAAAAUCGAAGACAAACAGGGUCACUCACAUCCACACAACAUUCUGGAUUCGUCUGCUCCCGUGAAGCGGGGUAAAGAGAGGGAGAACCCGAAACCCAAGAAACCAAGUCCUCUGAAAAAGGUGAUACUGAAGGAGCGAGAGGAAAAGAAGAAGAUGAGACUGUUAGAUGGAGACUUAGUAGGACCGCUCGCCAACACAACUUCGGCUGUUGGAGUGGGAGUUGUUAAUGCAGAAAGUGAUCUCUCACAGGACGGAUUUAGACUCUGUGAACUUGGGGCUAAAGAUGAUGAAGGCAUCAGUUCGAAGAGCUCCAUAGAAAUGAACACCGGCCAGUCCACUAGUGCUGACCUGUCGCCGAUCAGCCAGAAUUCUCCGAUUAGCAUGAGUCCGCUGUCGCCAGGCGCCAGCCCGCUCAGCUCGGAGAUGAACAGUCCGAUCGCCAGCGGGAAGGAGCACGUGAACCCCGCCCUGUUGAAGAUUCACAGUCGGCGAUUUCGCGAAUACUGCAAUCAGGUACUGGAUAAAGAAAUUGAUACAUGUGCCACAAGUUUACUGCAAGAGCUGGUUCGGUUUCAAGAUCGGAUGUUCCACAAAGAUCCAGCUAAAGCAAAGUUAAAGCGUCGAAUUGUUCUUGGACUGAGAGAAGUAACAAAACACUUGAAGUUGAAGAAGAUAAAGUGCGUCAUCAUCUCGCCCAACCUGGAGAAGAUUCAGUCAAAGGGUGGGCUAGACGAUGCCCUGAAUAACAUUCUGAACUAUUGUCAGGAGCAGAACGUUCCGUUUGUGUUUGCGCUGGGUCGCCGAGCGCUGGGCCGUGCCUGCGCCAAGCUGGUGCCCGUCAGUGUGUGCGGAAUCUUCAACUACGAGGGAUGCGAGGAAACAUUCCGUAAGCUUUUCGACCUUACUGAAAAGGCACGUGAAGCGUACACGGAAAUGGUUCAAUCGAUACGCAAAGAACUGGAAGAGCACCAACACCGCGUCCCGCCGUCAUCGUUCCCGAACCUGUUCGCACACAUGGGCCACUCGCGAACCCCAUCCGGCUGCAGCGCGAUAUCCUUCGCGAGUUCCGUUCUCUCGGAGCCCAUCAGUGAAAACUACCCCCACUCGGAGCCCGAGACCGACAGCAAGGGUUACGAGAUCAUCAAAGACGAAAAGUCGGACAAGCCGAGCCGAUCGCCGAUGUUGGAGAAUGGGAUGAGAGCAGCCAGCAUUCCAUCGGCUGUGCACGAGAUCGACGACGGCAACGAAGCAGAUGACGAAGAUUGUAACGAUGUUGUAACGGCUCCGCCGGAAGAUGUCAAAGAAAUGGUAAUGCCGUCAGUGAAGCCGGUGAUCAUUAAUAACGUGGACAGCAGCUGUGAUGAUGAUGAUGAUGAUGAUGACGAUGAUGAUGAGAAUUUGGAAGAUGGCAAUGAUGUCGAUGAUGAUGAUGAGGAGGAGGAUGCUGAUGAAGAUACAGAAAGCGAGAGCACGGAUUCUCAGCAUGUAUCAGACACGGUUGAAGAUCUGCCUCACAUAGAUUCGAUUCACAACGUCAACUACGAACCAGGGACCGAGAUUCUCUCGCAGCAUUCCGGCCGCACACUCGACAGCAGCGAGGUGAUGUCCACCCACUCGUCGCGAACCGUCGGGGACGGGAGCUCCACCAUGAUGGCCGAUCACCAUAGCGACCGGCCCAAGACGGACAUCACGAAAUUGAGUGACAGCCCGACGGGAACGCCCACCCAGCAUAGAAUAAAACUGAUGGACAACAAGGACCGAAUACAGAGCUGGGUCGACCAAUCGCCAAACUGUCUGGGGGGGUUGGAGGAGGUGUCGGCAGCGGAGGAGGCAGAGGAGGAGUCAUCGUCGACGACGUCGGAUGUAGCCGCUUGUACCGGAUCGGAGAGUGAGGUCGAGGUCAUCAGUGUUUCCGAGACGCGUGUGUCGCUAAAUGGCGGCGGAGAGGGUGCGGCGACCACGACAGUGCAGGACAGAAAGAGAAACGCUGUGAUCAGUUAAAGAUGUUUUGUUGUAGAGUAGUUUAUUUAUCUUCAUCUGACAGCUUUCCAACACGUAUUAUAGCCUGUGUGUGUGUGUGGGUGAUAAGACAAUAAGUGUGUGUCUGUCUUAACCAGCAAUUGGAAACCAGAUUCAUUUUGUAAAAGUGAUGAAAACCAGUUUCUUUUCAUGGUCUGAAAACCUAGUUCUGUUUGCAUACUGAUGAAAACCUAAUGCUCUUUACAAACUGAACACAUAGUUCUCUGCAUGGACUGAAAACUUCGUUUACUUGAAACUGAAAACCAAUUUCUCGUCAAGACAAAACCUAGUUCUUUUUUAUGGACUGAAGACUUGGUUUUCUUCACACAUUAAAAAUGUGAUUCUUUCAAGAAGUGAAAACUUGAUUCCUUCGUGGAUUAAAAACUUGAUUCCUUCGUGGAUUAAAAACUUGAUUCCUUUGUGGGUUAAAAUUUGAUUCAUUCAUGGAUUAAAAACCCGAUUCCUGCGUGCAUUAAAAACUUGAUUUCUCUGUGGAUUUAAAAUUUGAUUCCUUUAUGGAUUAGAUAUUUGAUUUCAUCAUAGUUUGAAAACUUGAUUCUUUUGUGGAUUGAAAAUUAUAUUUAUUUGUGGAUUGUAAACAUCAUUCUUUCAUGGAUUAAAAACUUCAUUCUUUCAUGGAUUAAAAGUUCUUUCAUGGAUUAAAAGUUCAUUCUUUCAUGGAUUAAAACUUGACUCCUUCAUGGAAUAGAAAUAUGUACUUUUCACAGACCAAAACGAUGGUUAUUUUCAAGAGAAUACUGAAUGUAAAACCAGAUUUAAAACUUGUAGAAAACAACUGUGGUGGAGGGGACUUGUAUCUGUUUGAAGGCAUACAUAUAUAAGUAUGGAAUAUAGAAGUAACAUGCACUAAAACAUGAAUACCAUCACCCCUUCGGGAAAACAGAGGGAAGAAGGAAUAUUAAAAGAUGUUUUUGCUCAAUCAGAUGUCAAAAGAAGUUGUUAGUGAUUAAUUUCUCUGUGACAUAGAAAGUACACCUAGUACAUAUAUGUUUUUCAAUCAGUACUUUUAUAUUUAUGUUACAAAAUAAAUACUGAAACAAAAUGAUUAUUAACAUAAGCUGCUGUGAAAAUUUAGUCUGUGGAAGCAUAAAUUCAAUGUCUUGUAUUUAAUAUGGUUGAGAAAACCAGUCCCAUUUUUAGGUUUCAUUUUAUAUAUAUAUAUAUAUAUAUAUGUAUGUAUAUAUAUAUAUAUAUAUAUAUAUAUAUAUAUAUAUAUAUAUAUAUAUAGAUAUUAUAUAUUAUAGAUAUUAUAUAUUAUACUGCAAUGUGAUUGAAAUGGUGAAAGAUGUGAUAUGUGGAAAGCUUUUCAUUUCAUGGUUGUUCUGUUUUGUCAUUGUAUUCUUCGCUUUUUACAAUUUAAAAAAAAAUGAAAUAUUCAUUCAAGGCUAAACUUAAGAUGAGACUAGUUGUUCAGGUUACAUGCUCUUGUUGGUUACAAACGUAACACAGGUACCGAAAAUGGAAUUAAAUGUAUUCUAGAGAAAGAAAGAAAUCAAAACAUGGCUCAUUUAUACAUAUGGUUAAUUUUUCUCAAGUUGAGCUGUCUCUAUAGCACAAUAACUGGAAUGGUUUUGGAUUUUCAGUUUCGCAUUAUAAAUACAUGUACAAUACAUGACAGGGCUUCAAAUAGUGGCUUGUGAAAAUGAAAAAGCAAAGAAAGAAAGUUUGGUUUGUUUAAUCAUGACACCACUAGAGCACAUUGAUCUAUGAAUCAUGGGCUGCUGGAUGUCAAAAAUUGGGUAGUUCUGACAUACAGUCUUCAGAAUAAACCCGCUACAUUUUUUCUAAUGCAGCAAGGGAUCUUUUACAUCCUGCCCCCAAAUAAAAAAGCAGUCUAUUUUUUAAGUUGAAAGUUAUGACGUACCUCAGUGGUAAAGCGCUUCCUUGAUGUGCGGUCAGUCUGGGAUCGAUCCCCGUCGGUCGGCUCAUUGGGCUAUUUCUCGUUCCAGUCAGUGCACCACAACUGGUACAUCAAAGGCCAUGG